AAAAAUUCAUUUUAUUAAAUGAGUGAAAUAUUUACAUAGAAUCAGAUUUCGGCGUUUCGAGAUUUCUGCCCGAAGAUCAGACAAAAUAAAACCAUGGAUGGCACUUAUCAACCAACCACGGAGCCCACAUCUCCCAACGAGGAUGCCAGAUGCAGUUUCGGUUCGUUUUGGCGGCGAGAUCGGAGCCAAAAUCGAGAGCAUUUUGACGACGAUGAUGCCGAGGACGAGGCCCCCAAAAAGUCCAAACGCCUUUCAAAGACUAGAAACAGCUAUAGGUAGUGUAUUAUCCUUAUAAAGUAAACAAAAGGAGGGGUUUAUUUCACUUGUUUAUUCUUGGAAAGUUAUCCCUUUUCAUAUCGAACUUAUUUAUAUACGAACGACAAAAUUGCUGCAACUUGUUUCAAGGCAAUUUUGUUUAGAACUUGCGAAGAUUUGUCUAUGGUGUUUUGUAUAAACUUAUACAUGAACUUUUUUAACUUAACCUGUGUCUAAAUCGGCUUUUAUUGCAAGAUUCAGCAACUUUGUUGUUCGUAUCAGUUUAGCUUAAAGUGCUACCGAUACUAAUUGUUAAACGGUUCGGGUUUCAAGUUUGAUUGCAAAUUUGAUAUGUUGUUUUCCACAUUUCAAAUAUUAUAAAAGUAGGCGUAAUUACGCAUAAGUUGCAAUUUUGUGUUUUGUCGUGAGUUUUAACCGUUUAGUGUUUUACAAGGCCGCAAAAGUAUAAAUAAUGGGUUAGUUUUCUUGAACAUUCGGUAUAUUUUGGUUCAUGUUGCCCAGUGUACCAAACAUGUGAGAUAUUUUGAUGGGGAACAAUAAUGAUUGUGUUGAUUUAAUUGUCUGCAAGUAUGCAAUCGUAGGCGUAUAUUUUGUAAUAAAUAUUUCCCGUUUUUAAAGCGUUUUAUAUAAUAAAGUUAUGAAAGUAUAUCUUAUGAUGACUAAUACUGCAUAUAGAUUUGGUGUGAAAUGCCUAAUAUGAGGAUGUAUUAUGUGUGUAUAACUAUCAGGGUGCAUUGACAGAGAAUAUUGACAGGAAUUUAUUGGAGAUCAUUAAUGAAUAUUACACUUUGUAAAUUAAACUUCGGGUCCAGACAGCUCUUUACUUUAAACUGUGAACAGCCAACAUUUUCCCUGGUAAAAUAACGGAAUAGGUAUUCCAGUAUGUGGCACGGUAACCGUAGGGGACUACAAAAUCUAGGGUAUAUUAAUUGAGGGUGCAAUGUUGUCAAACAGGUUGAUAGCAAUGGUAUUCGUUACAUUCUAUAAAUACCAGAAAUGUAAAGAGCAAGUCAAAAUCUGGAACUACCAAAAAAUUGUAAAAUUGUGGCACUGACUUUAAUUUUGACAAAAAAUUUUAUUAGAAAAUCUGUGGGCAUUUGCACAAGAUCAAGGCUUUCAUGGAGCAUGCAGCAGCCCAUUCAAUGCAAAAUCUCCAUACAUUAAAUUUUAUGUUUUUGGAGUUGAUGCUAGUGCCACAGUUCUUAAAAUUUAGUCACCAAAUUUUGCAUACUUAUACUAAUGGGUUAUUCCAGAAAAGAUCCCAGGGCUCAAGAUUUCAAUUUUUUAUUAGUAUCCAAGUGGAUACUAGGGUGGGUCUUAAAAUCUAGUAUCCCUAUUUGAAAUUUAGUAUCCCAGAUUUGGGUUGUACUAGUGUGUAUUUCGAUAAGUGGUAUCACAUGCUUUUUUUAUCUCGUGCUAGCAGGGAAAAACCAUAGGCUUAGAAAUACGAGUCAAAUUUCAUUACGUUGCGACAAGAAAUCGCAUGUAAUCAUUGAUUAUCAUGUUCUGAGCAAUCAUUGUCGAAAAUAGACAGGCAGAAAUUAACCUCGUGCUUAGGUCCAUUCCAUUUUCGUGUGACAAACAACAACAACAAAAAUGUUGACGGACAUUUCGCCGCGAUGUAUGAACUUUGCCAAUAUUUCGAUUUUUUUAGUAUCCCAUCGGGAUACUAAGCUUAUGAUAUCUAGUAUCCAAAUUCCAAAAUUGAAAUUUCGUAUCCCGUGGAUAUCGGGAUACCGCUAAUCUUGAGCUCUGGAUCCACACUCUUCCCAAGAAAGAAAUUUCUGCCAUUCAGAGAGGGAGGGGGUGGGGAAUGUUUAUGAUUAUAAUUAGUAAGUGUAUUAGGACAUCCAUGGGGGUGGGGGUCUUAACUUCCCAAUUGCCUUCGUGGGAGAGUUUUCUGGAAAAACCCAAGGCACAUUUCAGAAACAACUUUCUUGCAGGCACAUUUUAAAAUAAAUUUUGUAAUUCUUAUUUUAUUAUGUAUUUCACUAUCUGUUAUUAUUAGUCUAAUAAAAAUCUUUGUUGACACUGACAAGUUAAAAUGUCUAGAGAACAACUGCCAGUGCAUGUGUAUGAUUGUGAGUUGGAGCUUAAUUUCUCAAUUUCUUGGGCCAAAAGUAUAUAAAGCCAUAAUUCAUAAGCCAACCUACUAAUCGGCAUCUACUAUUCAUGGCUGUUAGCUCAUCACAUCGUGAUUUUGCAUGAUGACAUUUUGCAGGCACAUUUUCAAAGUUUUUGUGGUUGCAGGCACGCAAAAAAGUUAACAACCCCUGGGUGUUUAUAUGAGAUUUUUUAUAUUUCAGUCAACUAUGUCGUCCAUUGCCAUGUGUACCAGCUCAGUCAACCAGCGGAGCAGGAUUGUCAACAUCAAGGACGUCAAUUGGAAGUACAUUAGAGAGAGAAGCUGAGGCUGCCAGACCAGCAACAAACACUGGCAGCAAGUGGAAUGUCGUACGAAGGUCUGUUGUUGAGAAUUUUACAAUUACAUGUGUUUUUCAAGUCCUGAAAUUUUGUCUUAGUAGUGUUUAUGAUUUUGCUUCAGUUGUAUGUGGGAUGAGAAUUUCUAGUUGGUUUGUACAUAACUUAACAGGUUUUUUCCAGGAAUUAUAUCUGAUUCUUUCAGGCAAUGUGCAGUGCUAUUAGGAAGGCUCAGUUUAUUUGUUUCCUUUUUGCAGCAAAAUCAAGAAAGGCACAGAAGAAUUUUUCUGUCUGUGUGACGACGAACAACAACGGCAAUUGCUACAACAAAAAUGGACGGCUCGACGUAAACGAUAUUGUAGCAAACGUUAUGGUCAACUUGUCAACCCUGACCAGUUAGAUGGUGAUGCAACGCCCAGAUUUGCUAGCGUCAGCAGUAGUCGCAGCGGCCACAUGAAUGUGUUUAUGACCGUCAGUCCUGCUCAGGGACACCCCCCUGUGUUACAGAGGGCAAAAAGUAGAAAGGAAUCUGUAGCCUCAAUGGCAUGGCAAGGUCUUAAAACCAAGAUCAUAGUAAGUACUGGAGGGCACUCGAAGACAUGGCCAGAUUUUGAAAUUGUUUUGCACCUCUCCUGAGAAUUUUGCACCUCUUCUGAAAAGUCAUGCACCUCCCCUUGGGAAAGUUUCAAUGAUAGAUCAAAGUGAAAAUUUGACAUUUUUUGGUUGCUUAGGGUCUACACUUUGUAAGAAAGUUUUUCUGUAAAAUUGAAAGCUAUUCAUCUCUGUGUCAAGUACCCUUUUAAUGCAAUGUUAUGAAAGAAACUUUGUAGUAAUGAAGGGCAAACUUAAAUGAGUUGUACAGUCAUAAUUCAUUAAGACACUGAUACAUAUGUACACUACAUGCAUAUGUCAGGUUAUUGACUUCGCCCCAUUCUAAGCCCUAACUUUCCAUGGGGGUUGUGACUCGUGAGCUAGACCGCUGCACCUCCCCUAACUCCCCCCCCCCCUGACUAUUUCCACCAAAAUCCGACCUUGCUCGAAGACUGUAUACUUCUGCCAGCAAAUUAAGUUAUGUAACAUGCAUAAAUUAUACAAUGGGUGGAGUAGUUCAAGCAACUCGUUGAAAUAAAUUAUUUUGUGGAGAUUUUCUAGUUUUUUUAUUGAAUGAAUAGACCUUUCCCCUUUUGAGUGAAAUUUUGAUUUAGAUAUGCCUGGAUAAAAAUUUCAUCACAGCUUGAAAGAGCACCACAAAAUUAGUAAUAUUCCGAAGUUUUGUUGCGGAAUGUUGUAAAAUGCGGAUAAUAUAGCCUUGCGAAGUUUGCCGUUUUUCAGUCAUUUUGUAUUACAAACGGGAAAUUGAUAAUCAGAUGAUCAAACUGAUUAUCAAUUUCCCAUUUGUGAUACCAAAUGACUGAAAAACGGCAAACUUCGCAAGGCUAUAUUAUCCGCAUUUUGCAACAUUUCGCAACGAAACUUCGGAAUAUUACUAAUUUUGUGAUGCUAUUUCAAGCUGUGAUGAUUGUCUAGACUUGUCUAGAUCACAAUUUCACUCAAAAGGGGAAAGGUCUAUUGAAUUCCGAGUUUUGCCAUUGAGACCUUUGAUUUAAGUUUCAAUAUAUCUUCCAGGGUGGUGAUUUUCCAUCAGCGUUACCUCAUGGUGAAAUGAUUGGUAAAGAACGAAGUUUCGCUCCCGCUACGCUCGCUCAUCUUGCUCAUGAUGAAGAAGACGGUGUUUUUGAGAGUGCUGUGAGUAGAGCUUAGAUAUUGCAUUUGGUAUAAAAACUUUGACAGACUAUGAAGGUUUGCCUCUAACAAACGCUAUAAGUUUUCUAAGGGUGUUCCGGCUUCCUCACAUAGUAACAUUGGGAGGUUUCCUAACGUAGUAACACUCCAGGAAGAACAGUUUAAAACUGAUAGAGCUAUCCAGUAUAAAUGAGAUUAGUUUAGUUUAGGUUUCCUCCUGUAGUAACACUGGAUCAAUAAGAGAUGAUCCUUACUGGACCUCUAGGAAGAACACUUUAAAACUGAUAGAGCUAUCCAGUAUAAAUAAGAUUAGUUUAGUUUAGGUUUCCUCCUGUAGUAACACUGGAUCAAUAAGAGAUGAUCCUUACUGGACCUCUAGGAAGAACAGUUUAGAAAUGACAACUAUCCGGUAUAAAUAAAGUUAGUUUAGUUUAGGUUUCCUCCUGUAGUAACACUGGAUCAACAAGAGAUUAUCCUUACUGGACCUCUAUGAAGAAGAGUUUAGAACUGAUAGAGAUAUCCAGUAUAAAUAAGGUUAGUUUAGGUUUCCUCUUGUAGUGACACCAAUCCAAUAAGGCAUGUUGGCUCCUUACAAGAGGUAUCUAGUAUAAAUAAAGUGCUUAGCCAUAAUGAUGAUUUGUUUCUUCUUCAGCCAAACAGUCCCAGAUCAUUGCGUGAUAUAGACGAUGAAGUUUUCUUUGAUUUCAUAUCUGGAGCUCCAGGCUCAACCCAGUCCUCUCUGCCUGCGAUCAGGGAAGAUGACGAAGUCGAUGCACCUCGGUGAGUCACAUGAUUAUUGUAGUAUCAUCGACCAGUCUAUGAGGCGCAGGAAUAAAAUAUUUGUGCUUUACAUGUCGUUUAAGGAUUUAUACUGUAUCUUUAAAGGAAGAAUUUUUCAUAAAUUUAAGGAUUCCUCUUGAUUUUUCUUUUGAAGUGGACAUAUUUCACCACAAAUCGACAUCAUACCAGAACUUCCGGAAAAACUAAAACUGGACACACUGGAUGAACCUGAACCGCCGCCAUUACCAGCGAAGAAAAUCAUUGGCAAACAACAGGAAGAACGAGUUCCAUUACCGGUUAUUGAGCCCUCGGAUGUACGACCUCGCAUGACUCGCCAGAUCAGCACGGCGAGCCAACGUGGAAACCGGAUAAUUCGGUUGCCUCAGGCCACCGUAUCGUCUGGGAAUCGUCGUCAGAUUGGCAAAGGUUUAGUUGGACGGUGGUUGAAUAGAACCAUUAAGAGGAAACGUUUGACUAGCGCUGUUAAAGAACAAAUAGAUAGCUUGGAAGAUCACAGGUAUGACUAGGUUUUAUUAUUAUUAAAUUCA